UUUUUUAAUAUAUAUAUAUAUAUAUAUUAAUUAACAUAUAUAUGUUCCCCUUCAGAAUGAAUAAUAGUGUUUUUAUCCUCCUACAUCCUGGCUUCAUAUGUAGAGUAAAGGUUAUGAGUGAAUAAGCAGCAGCAGCAGCAGCAGCAGAAGUUUCUGUCUCUAUUCUCGAGACUUUUGCACGGAAAUGUGCAGCAGGACUCUCUCUAUCCGCCUUAUUAGCUGCACACAUGGCGUCUGUUUCUUCCUGCACACUACUAGUUAAAGUGGUAACUAAGAGAGCAUGACUAACUAGUUGUGGGUGAAAAUUAUGGGAUGCAUCGUCAUGGCAACAGACCAGACGUCACAAUCUGGGCAUGUGUGUUCCAUUUUUGUCUUUCUUAUUUUUCAGACUGGAAGACCUGGAUAGAGAUCAGUGGGAAAUACAUGUUUUUAUUUUUUAUUAUUUAUUUUUUUUAACUCGUGGAGAUGAAAACCCACCAAGAUUUCACUGACAAUAAUAUUUUUUUUUUUUUUUUUUUUAACUGAGCUUGUUGUUUUUUUGGGUUGAAGAGAAAGAGCCUGUGCUCUGCGGCGUCUGGAGGGUUAACUUUCAGUAUUCUCAGCCUUAAAAAAAGGGGCUUCAGGGGGGGCUAUGAGAUAAAGAUGCCGGGGUCGCUGAGUAAUGAAGACGAGGGACAGGACGACAUGGAUUUUGAAGACGAUAUGCCAGAUGAGGAUGACGAAGGUGAGCGCAACCCUGUUCCCCUCGCACCCCUCGACAGCUUCUUCUCCGACAACGACUCCCUCAAACAACAAAAGAAGAAGAAGCCCAAAAAGAUGAAAGAGGGGAAAAUGCCCAAAGUUAAGAAGAGGAAAAAGGAGGGAGGAAUCCAGCCAAGAGUGGACAGCGACCUGGAGGAGACCUCAGAGGUGGAGGAGGAACGGGAGCGUCCAGAAAUAGGCUCGGAGAGCGAGAGCAGCACGUACGGCCCGACCAAAAAGAAGAAGAAGAAACCGAGGGAGAAGAAAGAGAAGAAGCCCAGGAAGAAGAAGAGAGACGAGGAGGAUGACGACGAUGACGAUGAUGAUGGGAAUAUGAAAGAACCCAAAUCAUCCGGCCAGUUGAUGGAAGAGUGGGGUCUGGAAGACGUUCAGUAUGGCUUCACCGAGGACGACUACAAAACCAUCACUAACUACAAGGCUUUCAGCCAGUUCCUCAGGCCUCUCAUUGCCAAGAAGAACCCGAAGAUCCCCAUGUCAAAGAUGAUGACAGUGUUAGGGGCCAAGUGGCGAGAGUUCAGUGCCAACAACCCGUUCAAAGGCGCAUCUGCCACCGCCGUGGCUGCGGCUGUGGCUGCCGCCGUGGAGACGGUUACCGUGGCACAGCCGACGUCUGUCAGCAGCAGCCAGCCGACUGCUCAGCUGGGGCCAAUCAAAAAAGCCAAAACCAAAGAGGGAAAGGGACCAGGAGUCAGAAAGAGAAGCAAGUCUGUGAAGGAGGUGAAGAAGAAAGCCAAGGCGAAGAAGACCAAAUCAAAGUCGGGCCAAAGUGGGAAGAAGAAGAAAGCGUCCUCGAGCGAGGAGGACUUCCUGGAGGAGUCAGACUUUGAUGACAUCAGCAUCCACAGUGCCUCUGUGCUUUCUGAUACCUCGGGGGCCGCCACCAAGAAAAAGGCCCGACGUGGGCGGAAAAAAAGGAAAAAGGAAGACGGCGACGGUUACGAGACAGACCACCAGGACUACUGUGAGGUUUGCCAGCAGGGUGGAGAGAUCAUCUUGUGUGACACCUGUCCCAGAGCGUACCACCUGGUCUGUCUGGACCCUGAGCUGGAGAAGGCCCCCGAGGGCAAAUGGAGCUGUCCGCACUGUGAGAAAGAGGGGAUCCAGUGGGAGGCCAAAGAUGAGGAGGAGGAAGAGGAGGAGCCAGCAGGCGAGGAGGAGGACGACCACAUGGAGUUUUGCAGAGUGUGUAAAGAUGGAGGAGAGCUGCUGUGUUGUGACACCUGCCCGUCUUCCUACCACAUCCACUGCCUCAACCCGCCUCUCCCCGAGAUCCCCAACGGGGAGUGGUUGUGUCCACGCUGCAUGUGCCCUCCUCUCAAAGGUAAGGUCCAAAAGGUUUUGCACUGGACAUGGGGGGAACCCCCACUGCCAACCGAACCGCCUGCAGGCCCCGACGGCAAUCCAACCGAUCCGCUGACCAACCCUCCGCUCAAGGGCCACCCAGAGAGGGAGUUCUUCGUGAAGUGGGCUGGCCUCUCGUACUGGCACUGCUCCUGGGUCAGCGAGCUGCAGUUGGAGCUGUACCACACGGUCAUGUAUCGGAACUACCAGCGCAAGAACGACAUGGACGAGCCGCCGCCGUACGACUACGGCUCCGGAGAGGAGGAGCUCAACAACGAGAAGAGGAAGAGCAAAGACGCCCAGUACGCCGUGAUGGAGGAGCGCUUCUACCGCUACGGCAUCAAACCGGAGUGGAUGAUUAUGCACCGGAUAGUCAACCACAGCUUUGAUAAGGAUGGCGACGUGCAUUACCUGAUCAAGUGGAGGGACCUGGCCUACGACCAGUGCACCUGGGAGGUGGACGACUUUGACGUCCCGGAAUAUGACGGUCAUAAAGCUACUUACUGGGACCACAGGGAGCAAAUAAUAGGGGAGGACCAGCGCCCCCUGGUGGUGAGGAAAGGAAAGAAACAAAAAGAGGACCAUCCAAAGAGGGAGGUCCCUCCUGAUGCUCCCAUCAUAGAUCCAACCAUCAAGUUUGAGCACCAGCCGUGGUACAUUAACGCCACUGGGGGAACGCUGCACCCAUACCAGCUGGAGGGCCUGAACUGGCUGAGGUUCUCCUGGGCACAGGGCACCGACACCAUCCUGGCUGACGAGAUGGGGCUCGGAAAGACGGUGCAGACGAUAGUGUUUCUCUACUCACUCUAUAAGGAGGGCCACUCUAAGGGGCCCUUCUUGGUGAGUGCGCCCCUCUCCACUAUAAUCAAUUGGGAGAGGGAAUUCGAGAUGUGGGCUCCAGAUUUCCACGUGGUGACUUACACCGGAGAUAAAGACAGCCGGGCGAUCAUCAGGGAGAACGAGUUCACCUUUGAAGAAAACGUGGUGAAAACAGGACGCAAGGUGUUUCGCAUGAAGAAAGACGUUCCCAUCAAGUUCCACGUGCUGCUGACAUCCUAUGAGCUGAUCACUAUAGAUCAAGCCGUCCUGGGCUCCAUCACAUGGGCCUGCCUGGUGGUGGACGAGGCCCACAGACUGAAGAACAACCAAUCAAAGUUUUUCAGAAUCCUCAACGGGUAUAAGAUCUACUACAAGCUGCUGCUCACUGGGACUCCUCUUCAGAACAACUUGGAAGAGCUGUUCCACUUGCUUAACUUCCUCACCCCAGAGCGCUUCAAUAACCUCGACGGCUUCCUGGAGGAGUUUGCCGAUAUCUCCAAGGAGGACCAGAUCAAGAAGCUCCACGACCUGCUCGGCCCUCACAUGCUCAGGAGGCUGAAAGCCGACGUCUUCAAGAACAUGCCUGCAAAGACAGAGCUGAUUGUCAGAGUGGAGCUCAGCCCCAUGCAGAAGAAAUAUUACAAGUUUAUUCUGACGCGAAAUUUUGAGGCUCUGAACUCCAAAGGAGGAGGGAACCAAGUGUCCCUGCUCAACAUCAUGAUGGACCUGAAGAAGUGCUGCAACCACCCCUACCUGUUCCCUGUGGCUGCUGUGGAAGCUCCUGUAUUACCCAACGGCUCGUAUGAUGGCAAUCAACUGGUGAAGUCCUCAGGAAAACUGACGCUGCUUCAGAAAAUGCUGAAGAAACUCAAAGAUGAAGGACACAGAGUUCUCAUUUUCUCUCAGAUGACAAAGAUGUUGGAUCUGCUUGAAGAUUUUCUGGAGUUCGAGGGUUAUAAGUAUGAACGUAUUGAUGGAGGAAUUACUGGAGGCCUCAGACAGGAGGCCAUUGACCGCUUCAAUGCACCGGGCGCCCAGCAGUUCUGCUUCCUGCUUUCAACACGAGCCGGAGGUCUCGGCAUCAACCUCGCGAGCGCAGACACCGUCAUCAUCUACGACUCUGACUGGAAUCCUCACAAUGACAUCCAAGCUUUUAGCAGAGCACAUCGUAUAGGCCAAAACAGGAAGGUGAUGAUCUAUCGUUUUGUGACGCGGGGCUCAGUGGAGGAGCGAAUCACUCAGGUGGCAAAGAGGAAGAUGAUGCUGACCCACCUCGUGGUGCGGCCCGGCCUGGGCUCCAAAACUGGCUCCAUGUCCAAACAAGAACUGGACGAUAUCCUCAAGUUUGGCACCGAGGAGCUUUUCAAAGAUGAAAUGGAAGCAGCACGAGGAGCCAUGGGUUCGUCUUUCCCUCUGGCUAAGAAGAUACAAUACCGAUGUACCGGUGACAGCAAAGAGGGCGAGGAGGGCAACGUGAUUCACUACGACGAUGAUGCCAUCUCGAAGCUGUUGGACCGCAGCCAGGACGCCACCGAGGACACGGAGAUUCAGAACAUGAACGAGUACCUGAGCUCCUUCAAGGUGGCCCAGUAUGUGGUGAAAGAAGAGGAUGGAGAGGAGGAGGUGGAGCGGGAGAUCAUCAAGCAGGAGGAGAACGUGGAUCCAGACUACUGGGAAAAGCUCCUUCGCCACCACUACGAGCAGCAGCAGGAGGACUUGGCCCGCAACCUCGGCAAAGGCAAACGCAUCCGGAAGCAGGUCAACUACAACGAUACGACCCAGGAGGACCAAGAGUGGCAGGAUGAUCUUUCAGACAAUCAGUCGGAGUACUCCGUGGGGUCCGAGGACGAGGACGAAGAUUUCGAGGAGAGGCCUGAAGGUGGACGCAGACAGUCUCGUCGGCAGAUGAAGAAUGAGAAAGACAAACCUCUGCCACCUUUACUGGCACGAGUUGGAGGCAGUAUUGAGGUCCUGGGGUUCAACGCCCGCCAGAGGAAAGCCUUCCUCAAUGCCAUAAUGCGCUGGGGCAUGCCUCCCCAGGAUGCCUUCAACUCCCAUUGGCUGGUUCGAGACCUGAGAGGGAAGAGUGAGCGCGAGUUCAGGGCCUAUGUGUCUCUGUUCAUGAGACAUCUUUGUGAGCCGGGGGCAGACGGAGCAGAGACCUUUGCUGACGGAGUCCCACGUGAGGGACUGUCUCGUCAGCAUGUUCUCACCAGGAUCGGAGUCAUGUCCCUUGUCAGGAAAAAGGUGCAAGAGUUUGAGCAUGUGAAUGGAAAGCUGAGUUCUCCAGAUCUGAUUCCCAUCGGCAUGGAGCUGAAGAAACUGACCGAGAGUUUAUCUUCUGAUCCCAACACACCUGUGCCAGCCAGCCCUGUCGCUACUCAGCCUGGCACUCCUGUUCCACCAGAGAAGACGGAGUCUCUCUUGGGUACCUCUGAAGACAAGGAGACCACAGAGCAAGAUAGCAAGAAGCUGUCAGAGCAGGAAUCUUCAAGUGCAGAGCCAGCAUCUGUACCUGAGAAGGCAGCUGACAGUGAAGAGAGCAAGGCCAGCUCAGAGGAGAAAACAGGAGAUGAGAGGGACCGAACUGAGUCACCCUCUGCAAAGACGGAGCCAUCUGCCAACUCGAAAGAGUCCGCUUCGAAACAGACAGAGCUAUCAUCCAGUCAAACCUCACCUAGAACGGAGCCCUGCAAAGAAACAGAGAAGUCCUCAGAAAAAGGAGAUACCGAUUCUCCUCUGGCAAAAACUGAAGACAAGGAAAAUAAGCCAGCUGUUGCAGAUGAUAUGAAGAGUGAAGACGCAUUAGAGGGUCGAUUAAAUGGAGACAAAGACACCUUGGACGAGUUGGAUGAGAGCCGGAAGGAGGACAAAAACGGAUACAAAACCAAGUUCAUGUUUAAUAUUGCUGAUGGAGGUUUUACAGAGCUGCACACCCUCUGGCAAACUGAAGAGCGAGCGGCGCUGUCUUCUGGAAAGAUGCACGACAUCUGGCACCGUCGCCAUGACUACUGGCUUUUAGCUGGCAUCGUAACACAUGGCUAUGCUCGUUGGCAAGACAUUCAGAAUGACCCACGUUACGCUAUUCUGAAUGAGCCCUUCAAGACUGAGAUACAUAAGGGCAACUACCUAGAGAUGAAGAACAAGUUCCUGGCUCGCCGCUUUAAGUUGUUGGAGCAGGCUCUAGUGAUUGAGGAGCAGUUGCGGCGGGCAGCGUACCUGAAUAUGACCCAGGACCCCAGUCACCCGGCCAUGGCUCUCAACACUCGCUUCGCAGAGGUGGAAUGUCUGGCAGAGUCCCACCAGCACCUGUCCAAAGAGUCCCUGGCCGGGAACAAGCCUGCCAACGCCGUGCUGCACAAAGUGCUGAACCAGCUGGAGGAACUCCUGAGUGACAUGAAAGCUGAUGUGACACGACUGCCCAACAUGCUGUCCAGGAUCCCACCGGUGUCGGGCCGUCUGCAGAUGUCCGAGAGGAGCAUCCUGAGCCGCCUCACCAGCCGAGGGAGCGAGCCGCCACCACAGCAGCCUUUCAGCCAGGGCGGGUUCGGCUGCUCCCAGAUGUACAGCAGCAGCUUUGGUGGAGGAUUCAGAGGACCAGGUGGACAGCCAAUGGUCAACUACAGUCAGAUGCCUCUGGGACCCUACGUCAGCGUGUCCUCUAACGGCCCUCCUCCCCCCACAAGCCAUCUGGACAAGAGGUCACUUGACUGCUUGAGAGACGUGGCUACACCUGACCUCAAAUCAGGCAAACCUAGUGAUGUCAUCUGUAUUGAGGACUAGGCCAGCUCUGUAAAAACUGACCCGAGGUCAGAAAACUCCCAGGGAUGGAAUCAGUGUGGAUUACGGCUUCCCAUCUCUCCUCUUUCUCCCGCUCCUUCCUGACUUCUAACCCACAAUGUCGAGCUCUCUGAGGCGAUUAACUUUUUUUGAUUAAUGCAGAUGUAUCUAUCUUAACGAUUGCACUUUUAUCUUUCGAGGAUCCCAUAGAAGCAUUUCAGUAGAUAUUGUUAACCCGUGCCGGAGAGAGCUGAGGAUGAGGAGGGGAAAAUAAAGCAGCUUUUCUGAAAGAGGAUUUUUAUUUUCCGGCUCCGACAGUACGAGGCGAAACUCGAGUUGGCAUGACUUUCUGAUGCUCUUGAUUGGGGCUUCAUUCUAAACUCUGUGUUUUGGUCACGCCAGCCUCGAUUUUUUCAUCCCGCGUGCGCUCCCGUUGCUUUGUAUCCACCUGCCUAUUCACUGUACACUGUGACUGUGCCCCACUGGAGCUAUGAAGAGGAGUGGACGCCUUCAGUCACAGUUUGAUAGGAGAUUGUUUUCCCUGAGGGCAAUUAUUGUUACUUUAAAUGAAUAUGUGUUUUGUCAUUCAUGUAGUAACCAGUGGAUAUUGAUUUGAAAGCAUCAAAAACUAUUACCAUGUAUGCAGUAGCUGGACACAGUCUGUCUGAAUCCUCUAAAGACUGCCACCCGCUGGUAAUCUGGAGAAAGUCAUCUCCACAAAAACCUGCACUUGACUGCAGUACCUGUGAGGGGUUGGCUUCUUGUACUGUAUAUACUCAGAGACUGCUGUUUAUUUUACCUCACAUAGGUCUAAUCAAAUAUGUAUACAUACAUGGGUGGAAAUCAGAAGCCUGGCGACAUGAAGAUCAAGCGGAGAAGACGAAUGAAAAUGAUGAUUUUAACGCAUUUCAGAGAAGUAUUUCUGUGUAUGGUACAAUAUUUGUGAUUCUUAUUAUAUUUGAAUGUUAGUAGUGGCUGUAGAGCUUAACCCUGGGGGCUAUGACCAGUGGGACUGCACUAUAAACAGGAUCCACACACAGGGCUUUAAUGUUCAGGCCUAACUGAGAACAGAGUCCUGAGUGGAGAGUGGCUUCCCCUUCCCUGUCCUCGUACUUAAAUCCCAGGGACUUUCCCCAGUUCCCUUUCAUUGUUAGAACUGAAUAAGAACAUAUGUGCUCAUGGCGCGAUGUCACUUUAAGUCUAGUACUUGUCGCAAAAUGAGCUUUUGUUUGCUUCUCUUUUAUGUUGAGGUAAAAAUAAGACGUAUUUGGUCAAUUAAAGAAGACGAUCCAGUACGAUUUGUCAGAGUCUGAGCCUUCUCUGUAUAUCUGCUUAAAAGGACCAAUGUUGCACAGCAUUAACUCUUUAGAUAAUCACUUCCAAUGUCCUCAGUUAUGUUCAGGCUCUUUUUGAGAGUUGUUGCUUUACCUGGUGCGAAGAUGCGUUAGCAUGGUACAUAUCUUAUAUCUACUGCUAUUAUGUGCUAAAGUGGCAGUCCACUAAGUAAAACAAUAUUUUAGCGUAUUACAUUUCCUUUUCUACGAAGGCGUCGCUCGAAUGUUUGGACUCAAAAGUGCAAAUUGUUAUUGACAUAUUUAUCUUUUUUUUUUUUCUCCAAAGACCAGUGGCAUUACCUGUGUGUAUUAUUACAGCCAUUGACAGCACUUAUUUGACUUUGUUGGGCUGACGAUUGUGAUUGGACUAAUCUAAACUGAAGAGGUAGUGUUGUACAGAGUUGGUAUUUUCUUACUCUCCUUUUGCAACUUCAAAUGGUUGUCCCAAGGUGCUCUCUUCUGAUAGAUUGUGUUACUGCAACCCCUCUCUCCUCUCCCAUCAUUUCUCAGACAACAUGCUUCAACUUAGAAACAUCAUCGGACUGAUUUUUAAAGCACCACGAAAUGAACCUUGAAGUGCAUCAUAUCAGUUUUUUGCGCUAUUCUUUGUUAGUGCUUAUCAGUGCUGUUUUGUUCAUCGUGUUUCCGUUCACGCCAUCGAUUACUUGACCAUGACAUGUAUUAGGUUGACAGAUAGAACCUCAGAAACAUGUAAAUACUUGAAAGAUUUUUUUUUUUUUCAGAGAUAAGUCCAUCUCGUACAGAUUUAUGUAUCAAACUGAAAAAAAAAGAUGAAUGUCUGCUGGAUGGUGUUGCCGUAGAAACUGCAGCGUGCACCAUUAAUCAGAAUCAUGUCCUUUUCCCCCUCUGGAGUGACGACCACGAAGCGGCGUCGAAAACACUAUACUCCAAUGAGAUGCAAUCAAAACUGAAGUCAGUAUGAAUGUAAUGUCUGUUAGAAAAAAAAGGCUUCAGUCUAAUAUUAUAAAUAUGUUAACAAUGUAUGUACAUGCUUAUUAACAUGGCUUCAAAAGCUACCAAAAGACCCUGAUAAAAGGCACCUUUUGUUGCAGCGAAUGCACAGCAUGUGAAGCGUUUGAUAUGACGGUUCACUUCGGGGGGAGGCGGUAGUGUAUCUAGCAUUUACAGACAAUGAGCUCCAAGCAGUGUUAUGGUUCUGAAUAUUUGUGCUGUAUAGCAAAUUGAAUGAAAAAAGUGAAUUGUCAUCUUUUUAUUUGUAUUCUGUGUAUUUGUUCAAUGUGUUUUAAUAAAUCUUCUGGACAACAGUGA